UUACAAGAAUAAAAUAAUUAAAGGUACACAAUCUGUUGUAAUUCAUUACUUGUUCGUGGAAAUAAAAUCAUUAUAAUUAAAUGAAAACAAAUAAAACCAAUGUAUUAAUAUAAAACUAUAUUAAUAUACAAAUGUCCACACGUCAAUAGUAUUACAUAGUGCUGACCUUAGGUGACCUUAAAAUGACCUUGAUAUUCAUCAGAAAAAAUAUGGAACCAUAUUUUUUCUGAAUCUGUAUAAGUGUAUACAAUAGUACGUGAUUAUAAAUAUUAUUAUUUCCAAAAAUUAACAUGAAAUUCCCACAGGCCCCCACACACACACACACACACACACAUACACACGCGCGCGCGCGCGCUCGCGCUUUGGCACCUUCCUGCACCCGUGAAUAAAUCGUGUAACUUUUCGUUAGGACUAAACCUGGGUACGUUUCGGUUUUGGUACAUUUUGUUAUUCUUAAGCGGAAGGAAAUCAUGUAAGCAGUGUAUUUUUGAGACCAGUUGAGUUGGUAUUUUUGUGCGAGUCUGCAUCCCGUAUAUAUAUAAAUGACAAUAGUAAAUAGUGUUACUUUAUAAUCCCUUAGUUUUUAGAAUGAAAAUAUUGGAUCAUUUUCAAGCAUACCUACUCCAUGGUGCUUUUAAAGACAAUAUGAGCGAGAGAAAAACACGAAUGAUGUUUACUGGAGGAAGAUGCUUCAAGUUUUAUUCAAGACAAUUGGUACAGACAUCAGUCGGGAGGGAGUAACCCUUUUCUCAAAUGUUAGCUGCUGUUAGAAUAUUUUCCAUGUAAUAGUGAAGGGAAAGAACAUGUACUGGUGAGAAACCUGUUGUCUGAAAGUUAACUCAAGUAUUUCUCAUGUAGACCAGCUCGGCAGUGACAUAGGCUCAUUCAUUUUGUAUGUGGAGGGUGCACAGAAUGUUUCACAUAGUGUGGCACUGAAGUGUUGGACUGUGAGAACUUGACACAGCACAGAAUGUUUCACAUAGUGUGGCGCUGAAGUGUUGGACUGUGAGAACUUGACACAGCACAGAAUGUUUCACAUAGUGUGGCGCUGAAGUGUUGGACUGUGAGAACUUGACACAGCACAGAAUGUUUCACAUAGUGUGGCGCUGAAGUGUUGGACUGUGAGAACUUGACACAGGAUCAGGGUCAGCUGCUCUGGGUCCCACUACAUGUAUGCAAAUUCACCCAUUUAAUUUUAUAAACAGUUGGCAAAUAUUGUUUAAAUUUUUCAAAAUAAUUUCAUUUUAUUAUUAAUAUUUUGUUAGAAAAUAACUCUGGAGGGUUUCUACCAUUUCAAAACAUUUAAUAGACAGUUUGGUGAACAUUUUUGGUUCCCAGAAUUGUCGUGCGUGAUGGUUAAUUCCAGCAAUAGGCCUCUCAAAUGUAAAUUGUGCCCAAAACGGUUUCCAAAUCAUUCCAGUUUGAAACUUCACAUCAUGGUUCAUUCUGGUGAUAAGCCUUUUAAAUGUGAGCAGUGCGAAAAAUGCUUUACACAGUUUGCCAAUUUGACACGUCAUAAGUAUAUGCAUACUGGUGAGAAACCUUUUAGAUGUGAAGUGUGCACUAAGUGUUUCACAAGCAGUACCAGUCUGAAGCAUCACAGGUCAAUUCACACGGGUGAUAAGCCCUUCAAAUGUCAGGUGUGUACAAAAGCCUUCAUUCGCAACCAGGACUUGAAGCAGCACAUGAUGAUGCAUACUGGAAACAAACCUUUCAAAUGUGAAGUGUGCACAAAAUGUUUUAUAAACGGUUCCAGCCUGAGACUCCACAAGUUUGUUCACACUGAUGACAAGCCUUUGGUAUGUCAACAGUGUGCAAAGUGUUUUACACAUUUUGCAAGCUUGAAACGUCAUAUGUUGAUUCAUUUCGGCGAAAAGCCCUACCAGUGUGGAGAGUGUACAAAAUGUUUUAGAGAGAGGAGCAAGUUGAAAAUACACAUUUUGGUGCAUUCUGGCACUAAGCCUUUUAAAUGUGGUGUGUGUGAGAAAGGUUUUUCCCGAGGUCAGUACUUAAAGCGUCAUCGGCUACUUCAUGGGGGGGAGACACCAUACAAAUGUGAAUUGUGCACAAAAUGUUUUACACAGCGGUGCAACUUGAAAAAACAUAUGUUGAUUCAUGGAGAGAAAACUUUCAAAUGUGAAGUUUGUGAGCAGAGUUUUGCUCAGCGCGACACCUUGAAGCAACAUAUGUUGGUUCACACAGGGUACAAGCGUUUUGAAUGUGAGGUGUGUGCUAAACGGUUCGCACGCCGCGCCAGUCUGAAGGAGCAUAUGUGUAUUCACACUGGUGACAAGCCCUUCAGGUGUGGGGAGUGUGGACUCUGCUUUGCAAAGUGUUCCAAUCUGACAAACCACAUGGUCAAACAUACUGGGCAGAGACCAUUCAAAUGUGAAGAGUGCGGGAAAUGUUUCAAAGACCGUUACAGUAUGAAAUUUCACGCAUACAUUCACACUGGCGGCAGACCGUACACCUGUGGGGAGUGUGGGAAAGGAUUUAUACAUAGUAGGAAAAUAAAACUGCAUAUGGCGGUCCAUAGAGGAGAAUCUGGUGAUGCCUUAUAAAUGAAAGUUUUUUAACCCAUGAAAAUGAACACUUAAGUUUGGUUAAUCCACAAACCUGUACGCUUAUUCUGAGAUAAAUGAACAAUUGCUAAA